CCCCCUCGUCCACUCCUUCAUCUAAUCUCAUCCACUCGCUCUUUCGACUCAUCGCCUGCUGCCAUGAAGACGCCUGUUGUCCUGCUGCUGGUCCUCUCUCUGGCUGCCCACACUGUUCUGUCCUGUUCUGUCUGCAAAGGCUCCGCCCUCAGAUGCCACACGUGCGCGGCAUCCAGCGAGGAAGACUGCAACAAACAAGGCUCGGCCUCCUGCCCGCAGUACGCCGACGCCUGCGCCACCAUCACCGGCCCGCACACGGUACUCAAGUCGUGCACCUAUAAGGAUUUCUGUGACAAAGCUCAGGGCAGCACCUCUGGAGCUAAGAUGGAGUGUUGCCAUGGCGACAACUGUAACGGCCCACACAGGAGCCACAGUCACGGGGACCAGCAUGGCAACAGCACAACAGCUCUGACCUGCAGCCCCGCCCUGAUGCUCGCCAUCCUGCUGCUGCUGCGUUUAGCCUUCAGUCACUUCUAGACACUUCUUUUUGGGAGAAUGUCAGCUUUCACCUCAUUUUUUUUUGCUACAGCCUCGCGCCCCACAGAUUUUUACAACCACAACCAUCCUUGAACCAUCCUGAAUCAGGGGUGUCCAAACUUUUUCCACUGAAAACUCAAGGCAUGUCGGGGCCAAGGGACCCAUAAGGGUCUCGGUCAUAAAAUUUUAAAAAAUAAGUCAUACAUAUAUAUUUUUUUUAUUAUUUUCAUCCAACACUCAAAUAACCAGAUCAAGUUUGGGUAUAUUUGUCAAUACAUUGUUUAUUUUUUUAUGCUUUUUUGUCACGGUAGACUCUGUAUUUUAUGGCAAAAACACAAAAUAUGGAAUAUACCCCCCGCCCCCCAAAAAAAUUCUAAGUGGAAUAUUUGAAGUAAUUGAAACCUCAAAAGGGUCAAUAACUCACACCACCAUAGAUCAUAGAUAUUUAAUUCAUUAUUUAUAGCAAUGAGAGUUAAAAAAACCAAUGAAAUUAUUGGGGAUCCAAAAGUGUUAAAAAAAAGUCAUAAUUUUUUUUUUUUUUUAACUAUCAACGCUUAAGUGUCUAGAUCAACUUCAGAUCUAUCCGUCGAUUAUAAGGUUUUAUUAUUUUUCUAAUGUUUUUGUUUAUUUUAUGCCCUUUUUUCAAAGAAAAAACAUUUCUUAUGUGGCAUUGUGGCAAACACACAAAAUAUGCAAUAUUUUCCUUCAAAAAAUAUGCAAUAUUUUCCUUCAAAAAAUAUUUCAAACUGGAAUAUUUGAAGUGCAGUAAUUGGAGCCUUGAAUAAGCUAAUAAUUCAUAACAUUGGUUCUGAUUCUUUUUUUUUUCUUUUUUUUUUAGCAAUAACAGCUUUAAAUAAAAAAAAACAGCCUGCAUUGAAUUAUGUUAAUAUUGUCGGUAACACUUUAGUAUGGGGAAAAUAUGAACCAUUAACUAGUUGGUUAUUAACAUAGGGUUAGGUUAGGGUUGACGUUGGGGUUAGGGUAAGGAUUACCGGUUGUAUAAUAAGGCCAUGCAGAAUAAGGCAUUAAUAAGUACUUAAUGAGUAAUUAAGAGCCAAUAGGUUACUAAUUUGCAUGUUAAUAAGAAACUAAUUAAUGGUGAAUAUGUUCCCCAUACUAAAGUGUUACCCGAUUGUCAAAUAUUUUUCUCAUUACAUUUCACAUGUAUGUUUUUUAAAAGGUAUUUUUAGAAUGUGCCUCGGGUCGUUAAAAAGUUAGGGCCGCACUUUCGACACCCCUGAUGUGUUAGGAUGAAUUGUUCUACCGGUGGUGAUGCAUUCAAGGUGUGUGGUUUAUAUACAAGCAGUGUUAUUUCAACAUCCCCAACUUUAUUACCUUCACCCAAGGAAGUUGCUUUAUUCAUGUGCAACUUAAAAAAAUAAGUAUGUGGCAAACUUGGCGACACAAUUGGCGUAUCACUGCUCGUCUGCACCAAACUGAAGCAGAUUGAGUCUAAUGCCAGCCAAAAAUUAAAAAAAUUAUAUUUUAACGGCGGACAUUUAUCCACGAAAAUAUGAAGAAGCUGCUGAUGGCGUGUUUGACAGAGCAGCGGCUGGAAGGAGCUACCGUAAAAGUCCACUCUCCAAGGUAAAUGUACAUUAUUAUAACAAAACUACUGCAGUUGUUAGUGGUACAAUAUAUUGUUUUGUUUUUGAAUAACAUUAUCUAAAAGCUAGUUUUUAUUUCUAAAGGCAUGUUACAUGUGAAUAUGUGAUAUGUUUUGAAUGUAUUUACAUUAAUUUCAAUUGAAGACGUUGAUUUGAGAUACAUGUGUUUUGAGUAAAGAACCAAUUAAGCUCCUAAGUUGAUGUAAUAUUGUGCUUUUCCAAUAAUUAGAGGUUGGUAACAUAAUGUAAACAAAAUAUUGCAAUUUAGGAAAAUGUGUAUAUUGUGAAGGGCAAUGUUUGAAUAAUUCAUAAUAAUUAAUAAUUUGAACCUUUGAAAGGAAUUGGUAUAUUUACAAAAAAUAUAUUAAAAUGUAAAAAAAUAUGUAAACAUACAUAAACAUCUAGAAAUACAAAUAAUAUUUACAUAAUAAUAAUAAAUAUUAUCCAUAUUUGUUUGUUCAAAUGUAAUGUUUGUUUCUUUUUCAAAACUGUAUUCCCUUGGAUGACAUUUUACAGCCUUUUAGUGGCUAAGAUUAUUAUUAUUGGAGUCAUUCAAAAAUGUCUUGUUUUGCAGAGGAUGUGUUGACAACUUGUCGCUGGUAAUGAAUGAUUUCAUGUGUUGUUCGUUAAUAUUGCUGUUAUUCUAACUGUUAACCGCUUUUAUUGUUUAUAAUUAUUUCCUGUGCACAUGACUGAAUAAAGUAAAUAACACACCCAUACGA